GAGUCAUGUCGGUAGCCAUUGCUCGCUGUCGGCACCUGUUACGCCCACUAAUUGCACGGGGACACUGCUUCAAGGUCGUCGUAGCAUACCGUCUUUCAAUCCUUCAUUCUGGCACUUUAUUUCACUCUCGCACAUCUGUUACUGCAAGCCCAUUUUCCAACAUGUCCAACGGAAUCAAGCAGCCCGAGUGGGCAAAGCCGGAAGGUACACCUGUCCCACCCCUGCGCAUCCUCAACUCAAUGACAAAGUCCAAGGAAGAAUUUAUCCCGAUAAGUGGAAACCAGGUUGGGUGGUACUGCUGCGGGCCAACUGUAUACGACAAGUCACACAUGGGACAUGCGAGAGCGUACAUUACCUUUGAUAUCCUGCGCCGCAUUCUCGAGGAUUACUUUGGGUACAACGUCUUUUAUGUUAUGAACAUCACUGAUGUUGAUGACAAGAUUAUCAGAGAAGCUCGAUACAAGUAUCUCUUUGAAAGUCUUAAAGCCGAGACGAAUGCACUAACGACCGACUUGAUCGCUACCGUGGAAGAAGCAUGGGGAACCUAUGUGACAUCGAAAUUCAAGACGUACGCCCCGAGAUCAAUAAACGAGUUUAGUGCGUUUUUGGAAAAGUACAAGAAUGGCGGUAUUCCAGAGGCACAAGAGGAAGCCAAGUUUGACUUGUUUGUCAAAACUGCGACACGUACGGUAGAAGCCUUGGUUAGCGCCAAGACAUCCUUGGAGAACGGAUCGACCGGCAAAGAGGCUGCGGAUCAUUUAUUGGACGCUAGCCGCGACGUUGUGGCCUCAUGGAUAGACUCCAAGCACGGACAUACCGUCACAGAUCCAAAAGUGUUCCGGGAGUUUGCAGCGUACUGGGAAGAUGCGUACUUUAAGGACAUGGACGCAUUGAACAUCCGUCGACCUGAUGUACUGACUCGUGUUAGCGAGUACGUCCCUGAGAUUGUCACGUACAUUGAAAAGAUUAUUCAAAACGGAUAUGCAUACGAGGCGGACGGCUCUGUCUAUUUUGAUACGGUUCGAUUCGAUAAUGCGCCCAACCACAAUUAUGCAAAGUUAGAACCCUGGUCAGCCGGGAAUACCAAACUGUUGCAGGAAGGGGAGGGAGACUUGAGUGGGGAAGCCAUGGGGAAGAAGAAUUCAGCUGACUUUGCGUUGUGGAAAAAGAGCAAGGCGGGAGAACCUGCUUGGCCGUCUCCUUGGGGCGCGGGUCGUCCGGGGUGGCACAUUGAGUGCAGUGUCAUGGCCAGUGAUGUUCUUGGCGAGCAGUUGGAUAUACAUACCGGUGGGAUCGACCUCGCUUUCCCGCAUCACGACAAUGAGAUGGCUCAGGCAGAGGGAUAUUAUGACUGCCGUCAAUGGGUCAACUACUUUAUCCAUGCGGGACAUUUACACAUUGAAGGACAGAAAAUGAGCAAGAGUUUGAAAAACUUUGUGACGAUCCAGGAAGCGUUAACGCAGUAUACAGCGUCCCAGAUCCGGCUCAUGUUUUUGUUGCAUCAGUGGAACUCUGUGCUUGAUUUUGGGAGUGGGUCGCUAAUGGAGGCCAAGACGGUUGAAACCACCAUUCAGAAUUUUUUGGCGAACGUCAAAGCAGUUGUGAUGGAACAGCAGUCGUCUGUGCAGGCCUUUACGGGGGCACAUCAGUAUCGGGAUGCUGAAAAGCAGCUUAUGGAAAAGUUCCGAACAAAACAACAUCUCAUUCACCUCGCCCUCCUCGACUCCUUCAACACCCCCACAGUCAUGUCCGAACUACGCGAGCUCAUCAGCGUCGCAAACGCCUACUACACCGACGCCACCAAAAGCAAAUCUGUUAAUGCGGACGUGUUGGCCAAGAUUGCCAAAUAUGUGACGCAUCUCCUGCGAAUGUUUGGUGUGUUUGGAGAUGGGAAUCCGGAUAUAGGGGAGGGGUUGCGGAAAGAGGAGACGAAUGUUUUGCCGUAUGUGGUUGCUCUGUCAGCGUUUAGGGAUGCUGUGAGGGAUUUGGCGCAGAAUCGGGGAGAUUACAAGGAUUUGCUGCGGUUGUGUGAUAAGCUCCGGGACGAGGAUAUGGUGGAGUUGGGUGUUGUGUUGGAUGAUCGGGAGGACGGCAAGGCCCUGGUUAAGCUGAUUGACAAGGAGACACUGAUUCGACAACGAGAAGAAAAACGACAGCGCGAACACGAAAAGGCCCUCGAAAAAGCCGCCCGCCUCGCCCUCGCACAAACCAAACGGGCCGAGAAGCUCCUCAAAGGCAAGACGCCUCCCUCGGAAUUAUUCCGUACAUCAGAGUACUCUGAAUGGGAUGAAAAAGGAUUACCGACCAAGGAUAAGGAUGGGGAAGUGCUGAGCAAGAGUCGGCGAAAAAAGUGUGAAAAGGAGUGGGGCGUGCAGAGCAAGUUGCAUGAAGAGUAUUUGGCUAGUCUAAAGGAAUGAACACUUGUUUGUAUGUAUGUUUUUAAAAGAUUAAAAAGAUAUUAGAUAUGGAUAUG